AUGCUGUCAUCCGGUGACGCUGCGUCUGCUUCCUGGGAGCUUGAGGUCCGCAUCGAUCAUCCAAAUGAAGAGGAGCAGAGAGUCGUCACCCUGAGGGUAUCUGGAGACCUGCAUAUUGGGGGAGUGAUGCUCAAAUUAGUAGAACAGAUCAACAUAGCCCGAGACUGGUCAGACUUUGCUCUCUGGUGGGAACAGAAGCACUGCUGGCUGUUGAAGACCCACUGGACCCUGGACAAAUGUGGGGUCCAGGCAGACGCCAAGCUCCUCUUCACCCCGCAGCAUAAAGCGCUUCGCCUCCGACUGCCAAACGUGAGGACCGUGAGAUUGCGGGUCAGCUUCUCGGCGGUCGUUUUCAAAGCUGUCAGUGACAUCUGCAAAACGCUGAAUAUUAGACGAUCAGAAGAACUUUCCUUGUUAAAACCUCCUGGUGAUUAUUUUAAAAAGAAGAAGAAGAAAGACAAAACUAAUAAAGAGCCCAUCAUUGAAGAUAUUUUAAACCUAGAGAGUUCUCCAACAAUAUUAGGUCCCCCAGUGAGUCCUGGCUUAUACAGCAAAACCAUGACUCCUACAUAUGACCCCAUCAAUGGAACGCCAGCAUCAUCCACCAUGACUUGGUUCAGUGACAGCCCUUUGACUGAGCAAAACUGCAGCAUCCUUGCAUUCAGCCAACCCACUCAGUCACCGGAAGCAGUUGCUGAUAUGUACCAGCCUCGGUCUCUGGUUGAUAAAGCCAAACUAAAUGCAGGUUGGCUCGACUCCUCACGCUCCCUUAUGGAACAAGGCAUCCGGGAGGAUGAGCAGCUGCUGCUACGGUUUAAAUAUUACACUUUCUUCGACUUGAAUCCCAAAUACGAUGCUGUUCGAAUAAACCAACUCUAUGAACAAGCCAGGUGGACCAUUCUCUUAGAAGAAAUCGACUGCACAGAGGAAGAAAUGUUGAUCUUUGCAGCAUUGCAGUAUCACAUUUGCAAACUGUCGUUGUCAGCCGACAUCCAGGAUCUUACACAUGAGUCUGAGGUAGAUGAAGUCGAAGCAGCGCUUUCGAAUUUGGAAGUUACCCUUGAGGGUGGAAAAACAGAUAACGCGUUGGAGGACAUUACUGAUAUCCCUAAACUAGCAGAUAAUCUCAAAUUAUUUAGGCCCAAGAAGCUGAUGUUAAAAGCUUUCAAGCAAUAUUGGUUUGUCUUUAAAGACACAUAUAUCACCUAUUUUAAGAACAAGGAACUUGAACAAGGAGAGCCAGUGGACAAACUAAAUCUUAGAGGCAGUGAAGUUGUGCCAGAUGUAAAUGUUGCAGGCAGAAAGUUUGGAAUCAAGUUACUAAUCCCUGUUGCUGAUGGUAUGAACGAAGUAUAUCUGAAAUGUGACCAUGAGAAUCAGUAUGCCCGUUGGAUGGCUGCCUGCAUCUUGGCAUCAAAGGGAAAAACCAUGGCAGACAGCUCCUACCAGCCGGAGGUCCUCAGCAUCCUUUCAUUCCUGAGAAUGAAGAAUCGGAGCUCGGCUUCUCCAGUAGCUUCCAGUGGUGAGAACAUGGACAUGAACCCAGAAUGUUUUGUGUCUCCUCGAUGCGCAAAAAAAUACAAGUCUAAACAGCUGGCGGCCCGGAUCCUGGAAGCCCACCAGAAUGUGGCCCAGAUGCCCUUGGUUGAAGCCAAACUGCGGUUCAUCCAGGCAUGGCAGUCUCUACCUGAAUUUGGGCUCACCUACUACCUUGUCAGAUUUAGAGGCAGCAAGAAAGAUGAUAUUCUGGGUGUUUCAUACAAUAGGUUGAUUAGAAUUGAUGCAGCCACUGGGAUUCCAAUUACAACAUGGAGGUUCACAAAUAUGAAACAGUGGAAUGUAAAUUGGGAGAUUCGGCAGGUGGCUAUUGAGUUUGACCAAAACGUCUCCAUCGCGUUCACCUGCCUGAGUGCAGAUUGCAAGAUCGUGCAUGAGUACAUCGGGGGCUACAUCUUUCUGUCCACCCGCUCCAAGGACCAGAACGAAACGCUUGAUGAGGACCUGUUCCAUAAGUUGACUGGUGGUCAGGAGUGAAGCCAAGAAGGCCUGCUUGUGAGACUUGCACUACAUACAGCAAGAAAAGGCUGCUCCUGCCCAGGUGUGUGCAGUGCAGCGACGCUAGGCUCAGAGACAAUAUACUGUCACUGCGAGUCACCUAGACCCUCCCUCAAUGGAAACACACCAUGUAGCUCAUCCCUUCCCUUACGUCACUUGGUGCUACAAGUGAUGGGAGGGGCCUCAGUAGCCUUUUCUGUAAACCCGUAGGUGGGAGAGACAGCAGGUAUUCUAAAGUUGCUUUCAGGGCCAGCAUUGCGGCACGAUUUUGUAACUUGCAGAACUGGUGAUGUGUAUGGCUAGAAGUCUCCUGGGUGCUCACACUUCAUUGCUAAGUCGGUGGAGAAGACCGAAAGAGGUCAAAACCACAAUAGCAAGGACAAAUCCUAUUCCACACACUCAGCCGUGAAAAUAACUUCUAUUAAGUGAGCUUCUUUUUGCUCCUGUCUUGUCUAAAUGGCGAGGGAAGCGAUCCCCACACACAGCCUUGGGAGGGGUGUGAGGGGAUGUGAUUCCCUGACAGCCGUUGUCAUCCCGGGGUCAGAGCAACAGGCUUCAGGGUCAACUAUGUCAGUGUCCACAGGGACAUCUGCCAAGGUGACCUCUAGCCAGUUUGAGCUUGGCCAUCUGCCUUCUCUGGUUACUGCUCCCACCCACAAGCCCUAUUCCAUUCCUGACGUUCUCUCAGCCACGUCCACGUCCACCUGGAGGGCUGAGUGCCACAGGGCACAGUGGAAGCCACUCUUGAACACGGGCCUGUGUCUCACCUACUACUCUGGAAGAUGGACGGGUUUUCCCUGUUCAUAGACCCACCGCUCAGCACUGGAGAUUCCAGUGAGUCUUGAUCUGAGGUUGAGGAGAGAUGCGCAGGACAUGGGGCUGGCCCGUUCUCAUGUUCAAGGCUGACAGUUUCUCCACGGAGGACUCUUGGGCCAACUCAGGUGGUGAGGAGAGUCGUUUUCAUUGCUCCUCAGUGUACGCCUGGAUUCAGUGUUCCUCUGUCUCCUGCCCUUUCCCCUAAAGGCCCUUGUGCUUGGAAAGUCAGCUGCCAAUCAUCAACAUUUUUCCCUCAGCCUUUUGCUGAGUCAUUCAAGCGGUAACACCAUGAGCCUGGCCCAAUUAACAGCCGAUCUGAAUUGUUUUGUGUUUUGCUUUAUGGGUGGCAGUAAGUCGGUCUUCCGGAAGCCUCUCUGGGAGAGCAAUGUGAGUGGCAUUUCCCCGGGCACCAGUUGAACUUCUGAGGCCUAAUGUAAAGUGAGGAAGUGGCUUCGGAACUUGGCACAUCUGGGUCACCCCAGCAAGAACUCAAUUUGAAAAGCCCAGUGCCCUUGAGUCAUGCACACUCCUGGUGACCCCCAUGGAUAUCCAAGAAGAACUGACCCAGAGGGUUCUCCAUGGCUAGGUUUUUUCAGAAUAGAUGGCCAGACCUCUCUUCCCAGGUAUCCUUGGGUGGACACAAACCUCAAUCGGCAGCCAGGCAUGUCAGUCAUUUGCACCACUUGACAUUGAACCAUGUGCCAAGCAGACUGUGUUGAGCAUGGUAGGGGCCAUUUCUCUCUGACUCGAGGCUCUGUUCUUUCAGAAACUGGUUGAGUGUUUCAGAUCACCAUAUAUUGGUUGCUACGUUAAAAUAUUGCUCUUUGAUGUCAAGUUGUGCUUGUGUCUGACAACAUUGCCUAGGUACGGCUCUGCAUAGCCACCCACAGCUCUCUGACCUCUCCAUGAAAGGACACAGGAAUUGACUGGCUGUAACUAAAGCUCCCUGUUGAGUUCAACUUUCAAGGGGACAUUUCUUCUGGAAUUACAUAAUGACAUCCCAAAGGAAUAAGUAAAUGUGACUUUGGCAAAGAAAAUC